AACCCGCUCAGACCCUAAAAGCCCGGACAGACACCAGCACAGACAGCAGCACAGACAGCAGCUCCGUUACUCACCUCAUCCCCGUCGGUUAUUCUUGUUUUGAUGGGUUAAAGAAAUAUUCACGGAGACAAUCCAACCGCGGGAAACCUGAAACGAAAUGACACAAAGAGUGGACUUUUUAUUUUAAUCGUCUUGUGAUCGCCGGGUCGCAUCCCCCGCUUGUGUCGGCCCAUUUCAUCCCCUCUGAUGUCCACCUGUUACCGCCGCUUUCUGACCCGCAGACAGCCUCAUCACGGAUCGUCACAUAGACCAAGCUACUGCUGAGAUGGCCCGUGCGGAGACCAUCGAGAGCGCCGGGGAGACUGGAGGAGGAGGAGGAGGAGGAGGAGGAGGAGGAAACAGCCCUCUUCCUCACCACAACACCUGCCGCAUGGAGCUGCCUCAGCCCUUCCACACCUGGCCCGGUCUGCUCACCACUACCACCAUCACGACCGGCUCUGGGGGUGGCACCGGGGCCCUGCACCUCCACCACCGUCUGCACCCUUUGCAGGCGAUCUGUCGGUCGUACCCGCUGCCUUACGCUCACACGGGGGGCCGGGACGAGCCCCUGACUCACCAGCAGUUACCUGCGUUAUCGCCAUCCCCGACGCCUCCUCCCUCGCUGCUUUGCAAUCGGAGGGAAGAGAGAGUUGGAGGAGAGCAGUCAGACUCGAACAGAGAGGAGCGCCAGGAGGCCUGCAGCUGGCAGGGACCUCUGCCUGACCUGCUGCCCCAGAACGAGCACCCAUCCUGGGCUUCCCCGCACCACAGAGCCCCCAGGGAGGAGGCGGUAGAGCGGCUGGAGGUCAGCAGAGUGGCCGACCAGCUGAGGACCAUUGGAGAUGAAUUUAACGCCACAGUUCUCCGCAGAGCGCACGCCGCCCCCCACUGGCAGGACUUGAGAGACGCCUGCCGAGGACUCCUCAACUUCAUCACCCAGACCCUUAGCACUCUCUACAGGCUCACGUAGAACGCCGUCUCACCUGCGGCUAUCGGUUACCGCGGCGACUUCUCAUUCAGGACUCGGCCACGGACCGUCGUGAACACUGUCGUCCGUUUUUUUGAAACCUGGAGGAUUAACGCGGCCUGAAAUCAAAACAUGUUCUUGAACAAAGAGUUUUGGGAGGAUGAGAUCAGCAGCUGGAGGUGUCGGUGCCGCCUGUGGGCUGGAUCAGGGUGCUACCUGUGGAAACCGGGCCCUGCCUGUCUGUCUGCCUGCCUGUCCGUCGGUCAGUCUGCUGGUUCAGACUGCAGCUGACGGACUGACGGUCACUUUCCUACCUGUAUAUUCUGUAAAAUCCCCUCGCUUUUCUCUGUCUUUGUCGGGGGGGGGCAGCUCUUUAUGUAGCAGGCGUGACUCAAGUGUGUGUGAGUCAGUGUGUGUGUGUGUGUGUGUGUGUGUGUGUGCGCACAUGGCAGAUCUGGGUCAAAUGGGAUAGGUUGCGUAUAAUGUGAUGUUGGGCUUUCAGUACCACAGAUGAUAUGAGACGUGUUUUUCUUCUCUUCCCUUUGAUUACAUACAAUUUUCAUCAUCAUAUCUUCUCCUUUCUGACACCAUCUGAGUUAAAAAAUAAUUACAUACGAUAACAGACACGAUUUGACCCUCGUCUGAUGUGUGCGUGUUAUUGUUGCGUCUUUAUUUUGCCCCCCCCACUAAUCUUAGAAACUGUGAAACUGGACGCUGUGUUUGCAUCGCAGGGAAAAGUCGGGUGUUAUUCCAACUAUGGAGCAAAAGCACUGAGUGAACCUCUCUCCCAAUCUGAAACUGCUUCGUCAUACAAACGUGCCUUUCUUUUACUCAGCGCUCUGUUGACGCCUAAUCUUUAACAUCAGGACAAUCAGCUACACGCACACAUUCAAACAAAUACACACACACACACACUCUUUUGUCACUAAACUCAAGUCACAUUCAAAGGAUGCAGCUUCAGCGUGGCUUAAGGUCAUUUAAGGACAGAAAUAGUUUAAUCCCCAUCGAGCAUACACACAUUUUGCCGCUGUGCGUCCCCUCCGCGGCGUUCGUGCAGCCAGUGUUGGGAGCUGGCGGGGUCUCUCACGCCCGUGUCGACAGUGUUUAUAGUUACUUGAUCGUUUGUAAAUAUUCUUUUGGGAGAUGAAUCUAACUAAUAUGAAAAUUUGAUGGACUUUAAAAAGUACUUAUCAAAGCGAGAGUUCACUGUGUUUGGGAGAAUCUUUUUGUAUUUCUCAGCGAAGUUUUGAAUUUAAAUCCAGUGGAUUUGAGUUAAAGAAAAAUAUAUGAUUUGGAUCUGACUGAAAAGUAUUUGAUGCUGUUUGUAAAAUGAACCCCUUCGAUUAUUUUCAUUGUAGUUUGGGAGAAAAUGUUGAUUUGCUCAUAUUUAGAGCAUAAUUUAUUUUGAAAUGUAGCCUUUCUGUAGCUUGUUUUUUUUUUUUUACGUAAUGUAUUAUUUAUUUGUUUUCUUACAUUCUUUGAUCAAAACAAUGAAUUAAGUUGUACUUUAGUUGUAACUGUAACAGAGAUUGAGUAAGAAGGGAGAUAAAGCUGAAAGUGGAUACAUCUCUUGUCCAUCGCUCACAUUAAAAAACUUAUUUUAAACGGUACGUUUUAGAGCAGUUGUUUUAUUAUAAACAACUUAACUGAUAUUCCAAAUUUAAAACCAGACCGCUGUGUCUUUUGUUAGCUUUGUGUUUGACCCAUGAAGCACAAAUGGGAACUGAGAUGUGAGUAUAUUACUGAAUACCACUCCAGAAACUGAAAGAGAUGUAUUAGCUUUAGUACCAAAGUACCAAAGCUCUCCCUUUAUACUCUAAAUAUAAUAUUAAAGCACAAAAAAAAAAAGACAAAAUCAGGCAUCUCAGACUGUUAGCAAUACUCAAAGUUUUUGUUAAACAGCUCAAACUGACUGAACUGAAAACAAACAGUGGAAAUGUAUGAAACGGUGUUUCUGUGUGAUUUUGGACAGCGCUAGUGCUACAUGUGGUGCUACACAUCCUAAAAAUAUACAUUUAUGUAGUCACGUACUUUGAAUUCAGUUUUUUUCUGAAAUUUUGGCCCUUAUUGACCCGUCAGCGUUAAAAUGCCUCAUAAAUUCAUACAUUCAUACAUUUCUAACAUUUUUGACAGCCUUGAUGUAUAAAGUCCUAAUGAUAACUACGCUAGCAGGGUAGACACUCGUUUACUGCUUGUAUAUUGGUUUGAAUAAAGUUCACUACUUUCAAAAGCUUUCAACCUGCAGGCGGAGUGGCGCUCUGAGCACGUGCAGUUGCUCGCUUCCUGGUUGUUGUUGUUUUUGUAAGAGUGCACUUCCCCGGUUCAGGGCUCGCCUCCCUCAAUACAAUGACGUUUCAGUUUCAGUGUCAUCACAUGCAGUGUGUAUUUGCUGUUUUUCAACUUUUUUCUAUUGUAAACUUUCUACAUGAAUUUUGUACUUUUUUCUUUUUUAUACAAUAAAAAUAAGGAGAACUAUA